AUGACAUUGCGAAGUGGCAGACCUCUUGUAGAAGAAACCGUGAACCCAAGAACCAAAAAUCCUUCAAAUGAGCACAACACACGUCCGACGGCAUUGGAAGUUCAAGAAGAACAGAUGCCAGAAUCCACAAGCUAUUCGAACCCAAGCAACGCAGGAGAACCUGCGGUGCAGCUGAAUGCACCAUUUCCCAGACGCUUGCUGAAGAAGAAUGACGAGCAACAGUUUAAGCGUUUUCUUGAACUUAUGAGGCAGUUGCACAUUAAUAUCCCACUUGUAGAAGCCUUAGAACAAAUGCCGAAGUACGUCAAAUUCCUGAAGGAUAUUCUGACAAAGAAGAGAAGAAUUAGCGAGACAGAAGUAAUUACUCUAAUGCGGGAGUGCGAUGCGUUAGUCAGCAACAAAUUACCCAAGAAACAUAAUGAUCUGAGAAGCUUCACAGUCCCUUGCUCAAUCAGAGGGAUGGACAUAGGACAUGCUCUUUGUGAUCUGGGAGCAAGCAUCAACCUCAUGUCACUCUCAAUUUUCAAGAAAUUAGGAAUUGGUGAAGUGCAACCCAUUUCUGUAACGCUUCAACUCGUUAAUAGAACGAUCACAUAUCCUGAAGGAAAGAUUGAGGAUGUUCUAAUGAAAUUUGACAAAUUCAUAUUCCCAGCGGAUUUCAUCAUCCUUGAUUAUGAAGUAGACAGGGAUGUGCAAAUCAUUCUUGGACGACCCUUUCUCGCCAUUCAGAAAGUAUGA